AUGUCGACGUUGCCUUCGUUUGUCUGUGUGCUUACUUCGAACUUAAUGGCACGUGUCAACCAACCACAGUCACUACUCGAACACCAAGACUGAUGGGCUGGUGUUCUCGGGCAUAGAUGGCGUGGGCUAUCGGGUUCGUACUCGUUCAUGCGAUAAACGGUCGUCACGUCGCGACGCGGGAAUGGCUAACUGACAUUACCAUUGGCUGGCGGAUAGGACUUCACCGUGAGCUCGACAAGUCGAUUCAAGUCUCGCUCCCGGUUGGAUGCCAUCGCUUUCGAUCAGCUGGCAGAUCGACAGUUCGAGACCGUACUUUUCUGUGUUCCGUCGCUUUCUUCCGUCUGUGUGGAGGUGGUCGCUCGCAAUUGGUUGAGACCGGGUAUCUUCGAUCAUCUAGAUGGCAACUUCCAUCGGGACCGUGCUUCCGAAAUCCUCCAGGCGAUCGCGUCACAAUCCGAAACCGGCCUGCUCCCAUUCAAUGUUUUCGUCGACUUUGCGACGGUCUUGUCAACCGAUAUGCCCCAGCGCCGCCGCACUUACCGUGGUCUGUGCCGAAGCGAUCACCUCGAAAUACGCCAGGUUAGCGACGCGAACGAGCGAUCUCAAGUUGUAUGGCAGACGGAGUGGACCCAAGAUGAACAACAACGAGCGAUAACAGGGCAGAUCGCGGCACCCUGCUUCUUUCUCGCCGUCCUUGACUUAGGGGGAACCGCGUUCUCGGACCAGGACAUCAUCGCUCUCAAAGACCCCCUCGCCAACUUUCUCGCCGUACUCAAGCUUCGAUCAACUCGGGUCACCGACGACGGCUUGGCGUGGAUCGCCCGCGCCUUUGAGCACGAUAAACGCUCAUAUCGACACAUGCAGGUUUUGAGCUUGGCUUCUCUGAAGAGAGUGACCAACUCCGGAGUACAGCAUCUCGCGGCGUUGCCACUGCGGAUGCUUGACGUGCGAGGGACGAGUUGUACUUCCCAAGUGCGCUCCCUUCUCAACGCCACUGUUUCAUCUCUGCCUCAAGGGACUGAUGAGCCAAGACCUGGUUGGAGAUGUGCAAUCGCAAAACGCGUUGCUCUCGAAAUGCAGGGACUUUCAAGUUCGCUCGAGCUCGAGCUCUUCAGCAGCAUCAACUACUCGCCAGCGCGUAUAUUGGCAUACCUGCAGCAAUUGGGGGAGAUUCGAGUCGGCGACACCCGACAGGUCCGUCGCCUGCGCAAAUCGAUAGUGGUGCACAUUGAUGCAAUCCCAAGACUCCGGGAUGCACAGAUGCACAACGAGCACGCGGCGCCGCCCCAAAUCUGCAUCCGAGAAGACGUCGACAUGGUCAAGGAAGCUCGGUACGCGAGCUUCUCUCCCGUGUACGGCAAGGUCACUUCCACAUCCGGCGUUUCCACGGAGGCAUUGUUGUCCUCUGCCAACUCCGAGCCUGAGGCGCGAUACGCGGCGUUCAAGGUCCGCGACGAUGCCAUCUUAGGCCAUGGUGCCACUUUGUUGUCUGCGAAGGGUAGCGCGCAGCUACCCAGCAAGACCGAAAUCGACCCCCUGUCAGAUUCCGAAGACGAAGCGGAUCGCAUUGCGGCGUGGGACCUACGUGAAAGCGAGCGACGGCCAGCAACAGCGCGCGAACAAGCGACUAGGCAUCCGUUCUACCACCAACCAGGGGCACAAGAGCGUCGGUCUUGCCUCAUGCGAACAAUAGCGGUACCGCCUCGAUCAGAUUUGAUGCUGCUGCGACAGCUUCCUGUGAUGACACCUUUGGCAAGCCAGGUGCCACUCCCCACCUCCUCCUGGCCCUCUGGUCCGGCCGGCGACAGGGAUGCAACGGUUGAUGAGGGUGACCUCAUCCGCCCAAGGAAACGACUCCGGAAGGAUAGGUGUCAAGAUGUGAUGCUUCCCUGUUUCUCACUCUCCACGGGGACUUCACGGCCUUGGAUGAUCAAUGACGAACCCAUCAAGGGAUUUUCGGCUGGAUCGACUCGCACCAAAAGCUCGCGCAGUGAAAUGGCGUUGGCUAGUAGCGUCAAAGCCAGACCCUUUGAAACCCCUGGUCUAGCGCUUUUGCACCGAAACCCUUUUGCCAAACGUCCCCCUAAUAUAGUGGAUCGGGCCGACAAAGAGGCGCCAUUCGAAUUGGCACCCAACAAGCCCGCGAAACUUCCGAGGUUUUGA